AUGCGUCGCUGCGCAGUAGUCUUCAGUCUGUGCAUGGCACCGAGGGCCUUUGCUGCCCAGUGCGGCUCUGCCACCAUUUACAGCGCCGCCGACGCCGAUACACUGCGCAAAAGUUGCAGUACAGUCGACGGCACCAUCACUCUUCAGGCGAGUUUGAAUGAAAACAUUUCUCUUGAUGGCGUUCAGGUCAUCACCGGCAAUCUCACAGGCGAGGACUGUGCAAUGGUCUCAGUCACAGGCCCAUCACCCGCCAAUUCAUCCAUAACUCUCUUGAGCUCAACCCUCACAACCAUCCAUGGAGAUUUGAAUCUGGGAUGCAUACCAGCACUCGCAAACGUUAGUCUUCCGAACUUGAAGACUGUUUAUGGAGGCUUCGACAUCGUCGAUUUUGACAAUCUGACAUAUCUCGACAUCACCAACCUAGAGUCGGUCGGCUACUUUCACACUCGGAUCCCAACCCUCCGGACGAUGCUACACAACGAGCUGCGCAACGUCACGGGAGCCCAUGGCAGCAAGCGCGUUUAUGUCGAGCAGACCAGCCUCGCAUCGGUGGAUAGCUUGUUUCGGAACCCCCUCGACAUAGGUGACUCUCUUGCUGGCGUCGUGCUGGACGCCUGGACACUAAAGCGCUUGACCAACUUUACCUUUGGAUUCUCGCGGGCCGGAAGUCUGUCAGUCGGAGGCGUCGGCAACUUGUCUGUGACGUUGGGAGGGCCAGAAACAACGAGCAUGAAACUCACAAACCUGACGUUCCAAAGUGGCGUGGCGGAGCUAGCCCGAAAUUCUAAGCUGGCGAAUCUUACAAUUGACUCCGUGCUCCUGGACGGAAACAACAACUUCACGGAUCUGCUCCUGCCUGUCGACAGUAUGUCUAAUCUGCUGGUCGGUGAUGAGGAAACAUUGGCGCGACUGGAGCUGCCGCCGCAGGCCAUCAACUAUACCAACUUUAGCUUUACGGCCCAGAAUUGCAGAAAUCUAAACCUGAGCAGCCAAUUCGCGACUAACGCAGACGGGACUACUCGCCAGACAUGGUAUUGGCCGCAGAAAGAUAUGAACGAUAUCUACGUUGAUGGCGACGUUGCCAUGGCUUUUUUGUAA